AGCUCAGAUUUACCUAAACUUGCUGCCAUUCUGUGGCCCAAUCAGCCGUCAUCACCAUAACUGACUAGAAAUUCACAAACACAAUCCGAGUCCUGCUAGCAUGGUUCUAACUUUUACCUUAAAUCAGAUGAAUCUGCCAGAAGAGGGCAGCUGUAGGGUAGAACCCUGGACUUGGAAAUCCUAAACUGCUUAACAAACGUGUUUUUUAGCAACAGCUGAGCAAGCUGAGAGCCACAUGUGCACACUACAUUCACUAAAGCAAAUACGGGUCUUUAAGAGAAUUUAAUGUCAUAAUUAUGAGAUCUAAUCACGAGGAAGGUUGAAAAUAGCGAUUUUUAAAAAAAGAGAAGUCUGAAAACUGAAGUUAAAAGACUUCUCUUUGAAAAACAGAGCUUAGAUAUUAUAAUGUUGUUGUGGAAACGGCUGCUUUACUCUAAGCUUUCACCACAAAUGUAGAGCAGCAACACUGGCGCUGUUUUUUUGACUUUCUUUGAAAAUUAAAAUCCCUUACUGACAACUAGCACCGAUCUCCUAAAGAUCUAUGAGAACCGAAUCUCGUGACUAGAAGACAGCAGGUUAUAAUAACAAGCUCAGGCCUCUUUCUUUCACACUCUUUCCAUGUUACUCAAGUUUCCCACUUGUCAUGAAUUCCAAGGUGCCAGAUCCAUCCUCACACUUUCUCCAGUGUGUGGGACUGCCGUCAACAGACACAGCGACAGACCACAUGCACAGGCUGAAAGAAAUGCUUGAAGCGACGAUGGAUCUGUACACCUUCAUGAGAACCAGCGUGAGAGGCGUUCCAUUUCUGAGCCUGCAGGGGGAGCUGGAGUUAAACCUGAAGGCAGACCCUCUCCAGAACGAAGCCCUGGUCCAGAUGUGGCUGGAGGUGAAGAUCAAACCUCUGCUGAAAUCCAUCACCAAACAGUUCCUGACCUGCCUGAGCACCAAGAACUUCAGCUGCUCCACCUACCAGACUGUAGUCAAGGAGCUCAGUCACCAUUAUUCUGAGAUGCAUCCAGUCAGACAAAAGUGGAUCUACAUGUUCUUCAUGUACCCCUUCCUGUCUGGAGACAGAGUCGCUGGCUGUGUGAAUCCGAGUGAGAGCAGUGAGGAGUGGUUGAUGAAGAACUUUGGUUCGUUCAGAGCCAUGGCUCGAAUGAAGGACUUUUCAACACUCAACAUGGUCUUCAGUGGAUUGGAGGUUCUUCACCUGUUGUCCCCAGAACAAAAAGCUGAGCUGCUGAUGAGGCCUGAGGUCGCAGGCUUAGACAACGGCACCUUAUCCCUGGUCUUCCACAGUUUGAUGACAGGAGGCUCUGGCCCUCCCCCCACCGCUGGUCCUGGAUGGGGGCACAGUGGGACGACUCCUGGAUGGAACCAGAACUGGACCACUCCCGGAUGGAACCAGAACUGGACCACUCCCGGAUGGAACCAGAACUGGACGACUCCUGGAUGGAAUCAGAACUGGACCACUCCCGGAUGGAACCAGAACUGGACCACUCCCGGAUGGGGCCACAACUAUACGAGCCCUAGAUACCCAUCUAUCUCACCCUCCUAUCCUACAAAACCUGCAUAUAAACCAUACCCACCAUCUCCACAGCAUGCCCUGAAAGAGGUUGCAGAGGGAUUUAUGAUGGCUUUCAAACCUAUAUCGAACUUUGUUCAUGACUUUGUGUCCUUCACUGAAGAGAGGGAUGUGUCAGAAAUGAGAAGCACUACUCUGACUCAGUUCCUGCUCAACUGGACUCUGGCUGAACUGGCAGACAUGUAUCGGCCGCCAAACAAAACUGCACUUCCAGAGAUACCAAAUUUUGACGUGACAGAUGUGGAGGACUGGUACCGGCAAGUUGUGAUGCCAUUGUUGCAGAGUUUCUUGCCUGAUGACACGAUGCUGAUGCAUGAAAACAUCACGCUCGCUUUUCACAAUGUGUUCUAUUUGGAUCAUGGUAAUGGCAACGAAUCCUCUGAAAUCCAGGAUGUCUGUAGCAUCACCCUUGAUAAAAACCCUUGUGCGCUGACUGAUAUGGUGAAAAAUGUGGCCCAUGUUAUGCACUGUGCUGCUCGCACCAACCUGACAAUGAAUGAGGAGACGGUCAUGAGACUGAUAGAAGAGCUGACCAAGCGUCUGAAUUCCCUGAUCAGAGAGCUGGCCUCAGCAAACUUCACGGAACUGGCGCACGACUUUCAUCAGAUCUUUAGAGAGCCGGAGUCUCCGUCUCUGACCCGGGACCACCUGGAGGACCCGGACUUCAUCAAGCUCUGGUUCAAGGUCAAAGUGCUGCCCCUCCUGCCCGACGUUCAUCCAGACCUCCUCUCCUGCCUCAGCACCAAGAACUUCUCCUGCCUCGUUUACCAAACCAUUGUGGCAGAUUUCGGCAGAACCAUGGCUGUUAUGGAUGCUGAUCCGAUGUACAGUGAAAGCAUCUACGAGCACUUCAUCUAUCCCUUCCUGCUGCAUCACAACACCUCUGACCCGCAGUGUGUCUCUUCAGCCACUGACAGCGCAGAAUGGCUAAAAAAUAAUUUUGGUUUCUUCUCAACAUUCGUCUCCGUCGUUGACUUCUACCGGCUCAACCCACGUUUCUCUGGACUUGAGGUUCUUCAGCUUCUGUCUCCAAAACAACUGGCAGAGAUGCUGCUGCUGCCUCUGCCUGCUCCACCUCAGAAAGACGUCGUUAUCGAACAAGUGUUUGACUUCCUCUUGAACUCAUCUGAGCUCAGGAAGUUGCCAGAGGUCCUGCACUUUGCAGUCCAGCUCGCUACAAAGGUCAAUCCUCCCUGCGAGGUCUACAAACAAAUUUUGGAGCGACUGUACAAAGCCAUACCAACUCUGCCUCCAGACGUGGAACCGGCCACUUGGGCUGCCGUUGACGACCUGAUAAAUGUUGCACCAUUAGCGUGUGUGCCGGACAACCUGACGUGCCCAGUGACCCGGUUCAAUGAAACUAAGAUCUGCAAAGGAGUCGACAGUUCUGUUCUACAGUCCCAUUUCAACACAUCCAUGCAAGUUCCCUGCAACGUUACCUUGGAGAAAUACGCUUGUGCACAGCUGGAGAACUUCACAGCGGAUCAGCUGGUGUCGCUCAUGAAGUGCAAUCUGUCUGGAAACAGCAGCCACUCCAGAGUCCUGUGGAAGACGCUGCUCACUAAAGUCUCCAUGGUUUUGGUCCCAGCUCUGGACCUGCUGGGUGACAUGUCCACACCUGUGGUUAUUCCGUCAGCGAUGGAGAUUUUGGAUGUGAUUGGAGAGAUGAGAUUGGUGAGGCUGACUGAUGAGCAGCUGAUGAACAGCAGCGUGAUCAGACUGUGGUUCUCUGACCGUCUGGGUGGCUUCUUGUCGUCUGCAUCAGGAGGGUUUCUGCGCUGUUUGAGCAACAGGAAUCUCAGCUGUCAGUCAUACCAGCAAAUACUGCAGGUGUUCAUCCAGCACUUUGAGAGCAUGACCUUAAAACAGCAGCAAGCGGUCUUGAAGAAUUUCAUCCUCCGUUUCCUGCAGCAGCCACGCUCAGACCCAGGCUGUGCGUCUGCCUUCAACAGCACUGCAGAGGGGCUCAAGAACAAUCUGGGUCCAUUUUCAGGGUUGUUGUCGUUUAAAGAACUGCUUGACCUCAACCCACGAUUCAACCCUCUGGAGGUCGUACCUCUCCUGACUCCAGAGCAGAGUGCAGAGCUGGUGGUGCUGCCGCUUCCAGAAAAAGACGUCAUUAUCGACACACUCUUUGAUUACUUCACCGAGUCUCCCAACGAGAAGAAAUUCUCAGAGUUUCUGUCUUACCUCGUCAAAUUCAGUCCACAGGGAAACCUUUCAUGUUCAUCGUACAGGACACUGUUUACCAGGCUGGAUUUGGCCAUGGCUACAGUCUCAUUUCAAACAGUUUCAGCCAUCACAUACGCCAAAAUGUCCUUAUCCAAGCACAUACCACCUGGCUGCAUCAUUUACAGCACACAGUGCAAUGUGACCAUGACAAACGAAACGGAUAUCUGUGCCGGAGUGAACAGCACCAAGCUUCAGCUCCUCCUCGACAGCGGAGAGUUGAGCGGACCUUUCUGUGAAUUUUCUGUCGAGGAAUUCGCCUGUGCUUCGCUGUCAGCGCUGAAAGCACAGGACCUGGCAGAGAUGCUGAAGUGUGAUCGCUCCUCCAGCUCCAGUGGCUCCAGAGCCGUCUGGAAGCUUCUCCUCUCCAAAGCUUCUCUGGUGCUGGAUGAAGCUUUGGAUCUUCUCACCAACACGACUCUGAACCCGAAGGAUCCUGCAGUGCCACUGGUUCUGAACGCCAUACGAGAAAUCCGCUUUGACAUCAGCCUGUCCAGCAUCAAUGAUCCUGCCUUCAUCCAGCUGUGGUUUAACCGCCGCCUGCUCCCUUUCCUGUCCGCUGUCCCUCCCGACUUCCUCUCGUGUCUCAUCACGAAGGGUUUGAACUGCAGCACCUACCAGCACAUUUUGCAGACUCUGACCCGUCUGCAGCCAAACAUGACGCUUGCCACCCAGAUGACUGUCUACACGCACUUCAGCAAGGUUUUCCUGACCAGGAACAACACUGCAGACCCAUCCUGCAGUUCAAACAUAAACAGCAGUGCACAGUGGCUGCAGAAGAACCUGGGAGGUUUCUCUGUCCUCGUGCCCUUCAGCGACAUCCAGAUGCUCUACCCCAGCUUCUCAGCGAUGGAAGCGCUGUCACAGCUGUCGGUCAGACAACUAGCAGCCUUGUCCUCCACACCUGGCCAGCUCACCUCGGCUGCACAGGUCAACAUGGUGCUGAAACACGUCCCCGACCGCCUUCUCACCGCCUUUUUUGAUGACUAUUCUCCGGCCAUCGUGGGUCAUGAGAACAUGAUCCCCUCUGCGGUGAGGUCAGCCGUGUUACAAGUCGUGUUCGAUCGAGCCAAUCUCUCCAGUCCUUCAGUGAGCGAUCAGGAUGUUCUGCAGUGGCUCAGAAACCGGCUUCGACCGCUGCUGUUCAACCUGUCGCCGUCUCACGUUGCCCCGUUCUUCGGAAUACUGGCGGGAAGGAACUGCAGCACCGAGCAGCAGGGUGUAGAGGAGCUGAAUCUGACCAUCUCAACUCUCAGUGGAGACACUCAACAACAAAUCUACAAUCACAUCAUUGGGACUCUCAAAGGCCCUGAACCUCUCCGUUGCUAUGGCGACAACUACAACCACAGUUUCUACGGUUUUGUAGAGCGUUCAUUCCUGGGAUUCCAGUUCCCCAACCUGACCACCUUCCUGUCGCUCAUGCCUCACGACAGAAUGCAUCUGCUGGUGAACUCCAUCCCUGUAUCAGAUGUUGGAGAUCUACUCCGUCGUCCGGAUGUCGUCGACAACAACGCAGAGCUGUGUGUGCUCUACCAAAACUACAACCUGAUACAGAUGUUCCUGCAGAAGGAGUCUCUCCCAGAGGUGUUGAGGCUGCCCACUCUGGACUGCGUCUGGCCCAUAGCUCUGAGCAGCUCCAACAGGCCAGAUGUUGAAAUGUGGUUCAGCCAAAGCCUCACACGCUUCAACCCGUUGGUCAGAAGGGAUAUGAUCGAACCCAAUGUCACGCACAAUGCCUCCUGCUUGGCCUUCCAACAGCUGGUUAAAUUUCUAGACGAACAUAACUACACUGCUGCAGACUUUACCAGGAGAGACGUGUUCAUGACCAUCAGGGAUUACCUCAACUCAGACACGGUGCCAAGGUGUUACAACAGCAGCGACCCAGAGCUAAACUCCACAGCUUGGUUUGCUGAGUACAUUGGUCCUUUCACGCCUUUUCUCACUCUGGAGGUUCUUCAAACAUUUGGAUCUGAAGAGGAUCUCCAAGUGUUCACGGUGAACCUUGAGAACAUCGCGCUCCUCAACCACUCCGUCUUACCUCAGAACCUCACCGACUACUACACUCAGCUUGUAUAUCAAGAGGACAGCAACUUCAACCCCUUGCUUCUUCCUCUGCUUUGUCGGUGUGUCGCUCCCGGUCCGGCGUUCAGCCAGCUGACUGCAAACCAAAGCAUGAUACUUCUUCCUGACCUCACCAGCCUCUGUACAGACCUGGACCCACAGGUCGCUGCUGCUUUGGCUGGUAACUUUGGUGACAAAAUUGAUGCCACGUCCAUUGCUACCCUGGGCAGUGAAAGCAUCGGCAUGUCCACAGGACAGAUCAUGGUAAUAAACCCUCAGGACCUGUUCAAAGCCCUUGGAACUCUCCGCCUUGUGAUGGGGUGGAAUGAAGGUCAGGCCAGGGCCAUCAUCCAGGCUCUGAUGUCUUCAGGGAUGAUGCAGAUCAACAGCUCGUCAUCACUCUUCAUGCUGGGCUCUCUCGUUGUGGGUGUACCCACCAGAGUGUUCAAGAGCAUCAGCACCUCCGAGCUGCUCACCGCAUCCAAAAACACUUCAAUUCUGGCACAUCUCAUGUUGGCCCCGCCGCUCGUCCAGGAGACCUUUGUUACUCAGAUCAUAUCGGUGAACACCAACAGCGAGCAGAUCAUACAGAACGUUCCAGAUGAGCUGGCCACUGAGAUCCCUCGAUCUCAGCUUCUCGGCUUCUCAAAUAACAGGAGCGUUAUCACCACAAUCAACAAGAAGAAAUGGAAACGGCAGCAGGCUGAGUUGUUCUUUAGUGUAAUCGCCGCGGAAACUGCGACAGCACAGCUGGGAACUCCGAACAAUUUGUCGUCCUCUGUGCUGCAAGGGUUCACGUGCACCGGUGUGAGGACGAUUCAAAGGGUGCAGAUCAAGAGGUUGGUCAGAGCCUGUCGGAGGAGAGGCAGGAACAAGGUCAAACUGGUGGAGACUCAGCUGACCUGCAUGUACAACUACAUUAGAGUGGACCCAGACGCCACCAACUUCACCCUCUACCCUCAUGACAUGCUGCUGUACUACGAUUACUCGUUGGUGCCACAGGCCGACUGCAGGCCCUAUUUUGAACAGCUGGCAGAUGCAGACUUCAGUGUCUUCUCCUUGGCCCUCAGCUACAAGCGAACUGAUCUGUUUGAUAAUUCCAGGACCUGCCUGGGUAUAAAAAACACAAGCUUGACUGAGGACAAUGUAUCAGUUUUGGGGAACAUGUGUUGCACUCUGAGUGGAUCCUACAUCCAGAACUCUGAUCCGUCCAUCCUGGAGAAACUCAAGAACUGCCCUGAAAUUAGUGACGCCCAAGCAGCAGCUGUUGAAACCCUGCUGAGUAGCGGAAAUACACGAUACGGCGCUCCUUCAACGUGGAAUGAGCAAACCCUGAAGGACCUCGGGAUGUUUCCGCUCUAUUUGAAGUCCACCUUCUAUCAAAACUUCAACAAAAAAACAAAGCGCAUGUUCUUGAAGUACUUCCUGAAAGUUUUGAGGAAAGACAAAGUGGAAAGACGGAAGAGGAGGAAAAUGAAGAGAGAAAUAAGACUGUCCAAUAGAAUGAAGUCAAAGCGAUCUAUAGGCAGUGAAUGCACUGUUGGAGAGAUCACCCAGGUGACUAUCAGCGAUGAAACGUUCCCCUUCGACUAUGACGAUAUAAACCAGUUCAACUGCUGCCUCACAGCCAAAACUGUCCAAGACAACCUGAAAGCCAUCACUGACAAGGUGGAUCAGGAGGAAUACCUCGAGGUUGUUCUCAGCAAGUUGCAAGAGGCUUAUGCUGCCAACUCUACCAUCCCUGAAAGUCAAGUUCAGCUCUUAGGCCCAGCGUCCCGUCUAGCCACCACUGAAUAUAUCAACAAGUGGGAAAUCACUCAGAUUGACACAUUGGCUGCCUUGAUGGACUCAUCAGAUGGAGCGUGGGAUCCAAACCUGGCUAAAGAAAUCAUCACUAAGUAUCUGAGUACAGAAGGGAACACACUCGGCAGUGCAGAGCUGAACGCCAUUGGAGGACCAAACUUGUGUUCUCUGGACUCAGAUGUUGUGAAGAACAUUUCUCAGCAAAGCCUCGGAGACGCCGAUGCCCUGAUCGUGUCCAACUGCACCAAACAGAAAAAGCAAGACCUCUUCCCCAUUGCCAGACAAGCAUUCAGUGGAGAUACUCGCACAGCUAUCUCCGUUUCCUCUUACCAGCUCAUACAACCUUACAUGGGGGGUGCACCGUCAGACUUUGUCAAGAGUUUGGUGGCUGCAAAUGUCAGCAUGGACUUGGCUACCUUCACCAGUUUGGAUGAGGAUAUUGUUCUGAAUCUGACCGUUAGUGAAGUUCAAGGCCUUCUUGGCAACAACUUGGCAGAUCUGAAGGCCUAUGAAAACCAAACGCUGGUACAGAACUGGAUCAUCAGGACGCCCCAGACGGAGCUUGACACACUGGGUAUUGGGCUGAAAGGAGGCAGAGCUGACCCGACAACUGCCCCCGCCUCCAACGCUACCACUACCUCCGCCUCCAACGCUACCACUGCCUCCAACUCUUCUGUCACCGCCAUCAACCCCGCUGCUCCUACAGCAGCCACUGUUGCGUCUUCCUCUACCACCACAGGUAAUGGUAACCGCAUCCGUGCAGACGCUGGUUUCUCCCUCCUUGUUCUCCUCGCACUCCUCAUCACUUCUCAACACGCUAUAAUGUGAAGAAACUGGACUCACGUGGCUGAUUACCAUCCAAAAUGCUUAAGUGGAACAGAAAAUAAAAUUAUAUUGUUUUUAUUUAUCACUAAUAGAAGUAAAUAAUGUAAAAGAGAAGAGCAUUUAAGACAUGCAAUAUUUUAUUGUUCAUUAUCAAUCAUGUACAAUAAUAACACAAUAGAUGUAAAUAAUGAACUCUCGAUUUCUUAAUCCUUCAGGAAUAGGUUUUGCCACAAUUACUUUUAAGGUCAUUUAUUUGAUUUUCUUUUGCUUUUUCCGCUUUGGUUGUUAACAUGAUUCAACAGUUUCAGGUUCAAAUCUGUAAAGUUAAAAAAUGAGGGAAAAUGAAGGUGACAGUUUCUGCUGUAUUUGUGCUGCUGUAUCCAUUUUGAGAAAGCACUUUCUUUAUGCAGAUUUACCCCGAAAAUGCGCUAUGAGAUCAACAAUAAAUGCACAUUGUAUAUCA